AUUGCGGCUCUGGCUGUGUGUGUGUGUGCAGGCUCGGGGAUGUGACACACGUCUUACAGUGGAUCUAGACUGCAUAUAAGAACAUAUCGGAGCUGUAUCUCGCGGUGUACGGAUACGGGAGCUUGCCGGGAGGAGUUUUCGACACUACGAAGCCGAGGGAGGGAGACUCGGGAGCGCGGCAGGCAGGAGGGACCAGCCGACACCGCGCGCAGAAAUGGCGGAACACCACGCAGCAGGCGACGGCAAGCACAAAGCGAACUCCUCGGUGCACGGGAAUAGCCGAUCCGGAGGAGGAGGGGGCAAAGGAGGCCUGUCGGGGGGACUGACACAACCGGCGGGGUGGCAGUCGCUCCUCUCCUUCAGUAUCUUGUUUCUGGCCUGUCUGGCGGGCUUUAGCUCCAGACUUUUCGCCGUGAUCCGGUUCGAAAGCAUCAUCCACGAGUUUGAUCCAUGGUUCAACUACAGAUCUACCCAUCAUCUCGCCUCAAAUGGCUUCUACGAGUUUCUCAACUGGUUCGAUGAAAGGGCGUGGUAUCCUUUGGGCCGAAUCGUCGGAGGAACAGUGUACCCCGGGCUGAUGGUCACAGCAGGUCUCAUCCACUAUGUCUUAAACCUGCUCCACAUCACUGUCCACAUUCGGGACGUGUGUGUGUUCUUGGCCCCUGUCUUCAGUGGACUCACAGCCAUCUCCACCUUCCUGCUGACCCGUGAGCUGUGGAACCAGGGGGCGGGGCUUCUUGCAGCCUGCUUUAUCGCCAUAGUACCCGGGUACAUCUCCAGAUCUGUAGCCGGGUCCUUCGACAACGAGGGCAUUGCCAUCUUUGCCUUGCAGUUCACCUACUAUCUAUGGGUGAAGUCAGUGAAGACGGGCUCUGUAUUCUGGACCAUUGGUUGUUGUCUCUCCUAUUUUUACAUGGUCUCAGCUUGGGGAGGAUACGUCUUCAUUAUAAACCUGAUUCCUCUUCACGUGUUUGUGCUGCUGCUCAUGCAACGCUACAGCCGCCGCGUCUACAUUGCGUACAGCACUUUCUACAUCGUGGGCCUCGUACUGUCAAUGCAGAUCCCCUUCGUCGGGUUUCAGCCAAUCAGGACGAGCGAGCACAUGGCGGCUGCAGGUGUAUUCGCACUGCUUCAAGCCUAUGCCUUCCUUCUGUACCUGAAGGACAGACUGACCAAACAGGAGUUCCAGACGCUCUUCUUCCUCGGGGUGUCUUUGGCCGCCGGCGCAGUCUUCCUCACUGUCAUUUAUCUCACGUAUACAGGUUACAUUGCUCCAUGGAGUGGCCGCUUCUAUUCGCUUUGGGACACUGGUUAUGCUAAAAUCCACAUCCCAAUCAUCGCAUCGGUCUCUGAGCACCAGCCCACCACUUGGGUGUCCUUUUUCUUCGACCUGCACAUCCUGGUGUGCACCUUCCCCGCGGGGCUCUGGUUCUGCAUCAAGAACAUCAAUGACGAGAGAGUUUUUGUUGCCUUGUAUGCGAUCAGCGCGGUGUACUUCGCGGGGGUGAUGGUCCGCCUCAUGCUCACGCUGACUCCGGUGGUCUGUAUGCUGUCGGCUGUGGCCUUCUCCAGCGUGUUUGAGCACUACAUGGGAGACGACACGCGCAGAGAGAAGCCCCCCGCGGAGGACAGCAGCGACGAGGACGACAAGAGGAACUCUGGGAAUCUCUAUGAUAAGGCUGGUAAGGUGCGCAAACACGUGUCGGAGCAGGAGAAGUCUGAGGAGGGCCUGGGUCCGAAUGUGAAGUCUAUAGUGACGAUGCUGAUGCUGAUGCUGCUCAUGAUGUUUGCUGUUCACUGCACUUGGGUCACCAGCAACGCCUACUCCAGCCCCAGUGUGGUCCUGGCCUCCUACAACCACGACGGGUCGAGGAACAUCCUGGACGACUUCCGGGAGGCGUACUAUUGGCUGAGGCAGAACACAGACGAGCACGCACGGGUCAUGUCCUGGUGGGAUUAUGGGUACCAGAUCGCAGGGAUGGCAAACAGGACGACUCUAGUGGACAACAAUACGUGGAAUAACAGCCACAUUGCACUGGUGGGGAAGGCGAUGUCGUCCAAUGAGAGCGCGGCGUAUGACAUCAUGAGGUCUCUGGACGUGGAUUAUGUCCUGAUCAUUUUCGGGGGGGUCAUCGGUUACUCCGGCGACGACAUCAACAAGUUUCUGUGGAUGGUUCGGAUCGCGGAGGGAGAGCACCCAAAGGACAUCAGGGAGAGCGACUACUUCACUCCACAGGGAGAGUUCAGAGUGGACAAGGCUGGUUCCCCCACUCUGCUCAACUGCCUCAUGUACAAGAUGUCAUAUUACAGAUUUGGAGAGAUGCAGUUGGAUUUCCGGACCCCUCCCGGCUUCGACCGGACGAGGAACGUGGAGAUUGGGAACAAAGACAUAAAGUUCCAGCACUUGGAGGAGGCCUUCACGUCGGAGCACUGGCUCGUCCGGAUUUAUAAAGUCAAACACCUGGACAACAGAGAGCCUCUGGACCACAAGCCCCGGAGUGUCCUGCCUAAGCAGAAGUACACAUCCAAAAAGACUGCAAAGAGGAAGCGUGGCCACAUCAAGAACAAGCUGCUGGUUAGAAAAGGCAAGAAACUGCAAAAAAAGUAAACAUAAACUUUUUUCUUUCUUUUUUUUUUUUUUUUUUUGGACAAAACUUGUGAAGAAAACCUCGAACAACCAAUGAAGAAGGACCGAGGAGCUGCAGUGUACCAGCUCUGAACAGGUGCUCUGCCCCCUAGUGUCCAGGACGCAGUGUCAUAUCUGGUUUUGACCCAGAAGUGCUCUGUUUUGAACUUGAUCUUUGUUUUUCUCAUUUUGUUGUUUUGUUUUUUUGUACUUGAAUGUGUGGUGACGAGGCAUAGGGCUGCUCUCAUUCACUUUUUGGUUUAACUACUUAACGGUACGAGGAGGGAGGAGGAACGCUUAAGGAGGAGAUUUUGCACCAAAGACCUGUCAACCUUUGAACUUUGGCACAUGUGAACUGUUAAAAUGGAGGAUGGCGAGGAGUGAAGACUGUUCCUGACGCGUGUACAGCGAUAUGCGGUAUGGAGGAACCUUUACUAAUGUUUUUUAUCAUCUUUUGGGCUGCACAAGGUUACAAAUCAACAACUUAAUUAUUUUAGUCUAGGAGAAACUGAUAAUUACUUCCCCCCACCACAGUCUGUAUAACGAAACUCAUAAUUGUAAAUAAAAAAAAGAUCCUAAAAGGAAACUGACACAAUUUGUGACCUUGAGGUUGAUGGUAGUAUUUUGGCCGUAUCUCGCAAUGAUCCAAAUGAUUCUUAUGUUUUCAUACUAAGUACAAAGAAGAUAAAACAAAGACAAAAUAUCAGCUAAACCAGGUCUAAAAUGGGACUUAAACUCCUGAACCUGGACUAAACCUUUAACAAACUUAUAAAUAAUAUGAAUAAUGAUUUGUGAUUUGUACUUUCAGCCAUAAAAUGUUUCUCUUACAAAAAGAUAAAACCUGUAUAGAUUCACUCACUUGCUGCCCCCUUUUGUUGAAGUUGGUACUACAAAACUACU